AUGAAUGCUUUCCCUCCUCAGUGUUUGUCAUUUGUCACUUACAGAAGAAGACUGCAUAAGCUGGGCGUAUCGAAGGUUACCCAGGUGGAUUUCCUGCCGAGGGAAGUGGUAUCUUACUCCAAGGAGACCCAGACUCCUCUUGCUACGCAUCAGUCUGAAGAGGAUGAGGAAGAUGAGGAAAUGGUGGAACCCAAAGUUGGCCAUGAUUCAGAACUGGAAAACCAAGACAAAAAGCAGGAGGUGAAGGAAGCUCCUCCAAGAGAGCUGACAGAAGAAGAAAAACAACAGAUCCUUCAUUCAGAGGAAUUCCUCAUCUUUUUUGACCGAACAAUACGGGUAAUUGAAAGAGCACUGGCUGAAGACUCCGACAUCUUUUUUGACUACAGUGGCCGAGAGUUAGAGGAAAAAGAUGGGGAUGUUCAGGCUGGAGCCAAUCUUUCUUUCAAUCGUCAGUUCUACGAUGAGCAUUGGUCCAAGCAUCGAGUGGUCACUUGUAUGGACUGGUCUCUCCAGUACCCAGAGCUGAUGGUUGCUUCUUACAACAACAAUGAAGAUGCUCCCCAUGAACCAGAUGGAGUGGCCCUAGUUUGGAACAUGAAGUUUAAGAAAACCACACCAGAAUACGUCUUCCACUGUCAGUCCUCUGUGAUGUCAGUCUGCUUUGCCCGUUUCCAUCCUAAUUUGGUGGUUGGUGGGACUUACUCAGGCCAGAUUGUCCUCUGGGAUAAUCGCAGUCAUCGAAGGACACCUGUCCAGAGGACCCCCUUGUCAGCUGCUGCACACACACAUCCUGUGUACUGUGUAAAUGUAGUUGGGACCCAGAAUGCUCAUAACCUCAUCACUGUCUCCACCGAUGGGAAAAUGUGUUCCUGGAGCCUGGACAUGCUCUCAACUCCACAGGAGAGCAUGGAGCUGGUGUACAAUAAGUCCAAGCCUGUUGCUGUUACUGGAAUGGCUUUCCCAACGGGAGAUGUCAAUAACUUCGUGGUUGGCAGUGAGGAGGGUACAGUCUACACAGCUUGUCGUCAUGGAAGCAAAGCAGGAAUUGGUGAGGUCUUUGAAGGUCACCAAGGGCCAGUGACAGGAAUUAACUGCCACAUGGCAGUGGGUCCAAUUGAUUUUUCUCACCUGUUUGUAACAUCAUCAUUUGACUGGACUGUCAAGCUGUGGACCACAAAGGUAAGAAUAGCCUGAUUGAAAUUCUCAGGUACAAUAGAGGGAAAGAGGAUGGUUUUUGUAUUCUGUUGUAGAGUUGUAGGGAACAGCUAUAUCUGAAGCUACAUCUAGGUG